AUGAGUGACUUUGAAUCAUCUGAUGAUGCCGAUACAGAUCCUUCAACGUUAUCUGACAUGGAUUCUGAUUCAGACAUAGAAGAUCUUGUGGAAGAAAGGAUAAGGCCCAAAAAUCAAAAUUUUUUUGAAAACAUAAUUCCCCAGUUCAAUAGAGGUGAAUUUAUUGAACAUUUCAGAGUAAGCCCCGCCGUAGCAAAUCUAAUAAGAUUUUUAACAAGUGAAUACUAUGCAUCACAAACAGGGCCUUAUGGAAAAUUAACUCCAUUGCAGCACACAUAUAUUUUUUUGUGGUAUGCAGGCCACCAGACAUCAAGUUAUCGCGAUGUAGCAGAUAGAUUUUGCAUAACUAUUAGUGCUUUAUUUAGAGUUAUCAAAAGGAUGACAUAUUUUUUGAGCAACCUUUCUGCCGAAGUUAUAACUUGGCCAAAUGCCGAAGAAAAACUGGAAAUAGAGCACUUUUUCAAUGAAAAAAACGGCUUCCCAGGAAUUAUAGGUAUCAUCGAUAGAACUCAUAUAAAAAUCGAUAAACCUGAAGAAGAUCCCGAAUCUUAUAUAACCGUAAAGGGUAUUAUUCCAUUCAGGUAUGAAAAUGUCUAA